AUGUUUUGGAUUGGAUUAUUUUUGGUGGCUUGUUUUUCCGACGAAGAACUUUCUUCAGCUCGUCGAGAUAGCGAACUAGGUGCACUCGAGGAGAAUAUCCGUCUGUUCAACAGACGCUUCUCUGAUGAACCCGUUCCGCUGCUCACUCAGCUGCGUGAUCUGCCUCUGCUUAUUCGGCACGGUUGGCCUCGUCUCUUCUCUGGUGAAAGCGUCUCCUUUAUUGUCCGGCUCCGUUUUUUUAUGCUCGCCGGUGCUGCACUUCUUUACAUCAUCUGUCCCAUAGAUCUGCUACCCGAGGCUGCCAUAGGCGUGUUCGGCUUGGUUGAUGACGUCCUGGUUUUUACCUUGUUCGCCAUCUAUGUGGCCAGUUUCUUGCGAGAUGCUCUCUCUAUCACUGGGACUCCUAGAUCCCAGGCCAAUUCACCUGCAUAUGUCUCUCUAGUCUCUUCAAACACAGAUAUGGCUAUGACCACCACGUUUACUAACCCUAAUACUGCCCAACAAAUUCACACGUAA